AUGAGUGAUAUAUUAAAUCAAAUAAAUAAUUUUAUUUUACAGAUCUGCUUUAACCUUGGAAAUGGACUUCACUUAGAGGUCUUAAACACAAGAAAUGAAAAUAAGCUGCUUCCUAAACGUACCCACUUAGUGCGACAAAAGCGGGCCUGGAUCACUGCCCCCGUGGCUCUUCGAGAAGGAGAGGAUCUGUCCAAAAAGAAUCCAAUUGCCAAGAUACAUUCUGAUAUUGCAGAAGAAAGAGGACUAAAAAUUACAUAUAAAUACACUGGAAAAGGGAUCACAGAGCCACCUUUUGGUGUAUUUGUCUUUAAUAAAGACACUGGAGAGUUGAACAUUACCAGCAUUCUCGAUCGAGAAGAAACACCAUUUUUUCUGCUAACAGGUUAUGCUUUCGAUGAAAGAGGAAACAACCUGGAGAAACCAUUAGAACUACGCAUUAAAGUUCUUGAUAUCAACGACAAUGAGCCAGUGUUUACACAGGACGUGUUUGUUGGGUCUAUUGAAGAGUUGAGUGCAGCACAUACACUUGUGAUGAAAAUUACUGCAACAGAUGCAGAUGAGCCCAAUACUAUGAAUUCUAAAAUUUCCUAUAGAAUCGUAUCUCAGGAGCCUGCUUAUCCUCCAGUGUUCUACCUUAAUAAAGAUACCGGAGAGAUUUACACAACCAGUAUUACCUUGGACAGAGAGGAAUAUAACAGCUAUACUUUGACGGUAGAAGCAAGAGAUGGCAAUGGACAAAUCACAGAUAAACCAGUAAAACAAGCUCAAGUUCAGAUUAGUAUUUUGGAUGUCAAUGACAAUAUACCUGUAGUGGAAAAUGAAUCGUAUGAAGGAACUGUUGAAGAAAAUCAAGCCAAUGUAGAAGUUAUGCGCAUACAAGUAACUGACGCAGAUGAAAUAGGUUCUGAUAACUGGCUAGCAAAUUUUACAUUUGCAUCAGGAAAUGAAGGGGGUUAUUUCCGCAUAGAAACCGAUCCCCAAACUAAUGAAGGGAUUUUGACCCUUAUUAAGGAAGUAGAUUACGAAGAAAUGAAGAAUCUUGACUUCAGUAUCCUUGUCACUAAUAAAGCAGCUUUUCACAAGUCAAUUAGAAAUAAAUAUAAGCCUACAGCCAUUCCCAUCAAAAUAAAGGUGAAAGAUGUGAAAGAAGGCAUUUAUUUUAAAAGCAACACAAUCUCAGUUCGCGCUAGCGAGGGCAUGAGUAGAUCCAGCCAAAACAAUGUAAUUGCAAAAUUUCAAGCUUUUGAUGAAGACACUGGACAACCAGCCCACGUCAAAUACACAAAAUUAGAAGAUGCAGAUAACUGGGUCUCUGUGGAUUCUGUUACAUCUGAAAUUAAAUUUGUAAAAAUUCCUGAUUUUGAAUCCAGUUAUGUCCAGAAUGGUACAUACACUGUAAAGAUGUUGGCUAUAUCAGAAGAUGAUCCUGGAAAGACCAUCACUGGCACCGUCGUUAUCACAGUUGAAGACAUCAAUGACAAUUGUCCCACACUGGUGAACCCAGUGCAGAAUAUCUGUGAUGACGUGCAGUAUGUGAACGUUACUGCAAAGGACCUGGACGGAUACCCAAACAGUGGGCCCUUCAGUUUCUCUGUCAUUGACGAACCACCCGGGAUGGCAGAACAAUGGAAAAUAAUACACCGAGAAAGUACCAGUGUGCUGCUGCAACAAAGUGAACAAAAGCUUGGGAGUAGUGAGGUUCAGUUCCUGAUUUCUGAUAAUCAAGGCUUCAGCUGCCCUGAAAAGCAGAUCCUUAAGCUCACGGUCUGUGAGUGUCUGGACGGCAGUGGCUGCGUGGAAGCGCUUCAUGAUUCUCAUGUCGGCCUGGGACCCGCAGCGAUUGCGCUAAUGAUUUUGGCCCUUCUGCUCUUGCUCCUUGUACCACUUUUACUGCUGAUAUGCCACUGUGGAGAGGGCGCCAAAGGCUUUACCCCCAUACCUGGUACUAUAGAGAUGCUGCACCCUUGGAAUAAUGAAGGGGCACCACCUGAAGACAAGGUGGUGCCAACACUCCUGGCCAUGGACCAUGGGGAGAAUCUAGCUGUAAGAAACGGGGUAGGAGGUGCCAUAACCAAGGGAGCCGCCAUGAAAGGAAGUAGCUCUGCUUCCUUUACCAGGGUACAACAUGAGAUGUCUGAGGCGGACACAAGAUGGGAAGAACACAAAAGCCUUCUUUCUGGUGGGGCCACCCAGAUGGCAGGGGCAGCAGGAGCCACCACGGUCACUGAAACCCUAAGGACCACACGAGCCACCGGGGCUUCCAGAGAUAUGGCCGGAGCUCGAGCAGCUGCUGCUGCAGUGAACGAAGAGUUCUUAAGAAGUUAUUUCACUGAUAAAGCAGCUUCUUACGCGGAAGAUGAUGACAUUCACACAACCAAAGAUUGCCUUCUGGUUUAUUCUCAAGAAGAAACGAAUUCUCUGCAUGGUUCUAUCGGCUGUUGCAGUUUUAUUGAAGGAGAUCUAGAUGACCGCUUCUUGGAUGAUUUAGGACUUAAGUUUAAGACACUCGCUGAAGUUUGCUUGGGUCAAAAAAUAGAUACCAGUAUGGAAAUUGAGCAGAGGCAAAAACCUGUCGCAGAAACAAGUAGGAACACAGCUUCACAUUCACUCUAUGAGCAAACUGUGGUUAAUUCAGACAAUACCUACUCAUCUGGCAGUAGCUUUCAAGUUCAAAAACCCUUGCAUGAAGCAAAUGCAGAGACAGUAACUCAGGAAAUAGUCACUGAAAGAUCUGUAUCUUCUAGGCAGGGUCAAAAGGUAGCUACAUCUCUUCCUAACCCAUUGGCUUCUGGUAAUAUUGUAGUGACAGAAACCUCCUAUGCCACAGGCUCCACUCUGCCACCAAGCACUGUAAUCCUGGAUCCUAAACAGCCGCAGAGCCUUAUCGUGACAGAGAGAGUAUAUGCACCGGCUUCUACCUUGGUAGAUCCACAUUAUGCUACUCAAGGUAAUGUCAUGGUUACUGAAAGAGUAAUACAGCCUAAUGGGGGUAUAUCAAAUCCUCUGGAAGGCACUCAGCAUCUGCAAGAUGCACAUUAUGUUAUGGUGCAGGAAAGAGAGAGCUUCCUUGCCCCCAGCUCCAAUAUGCAGCCCACUGUGGCUCUGCCCAGUGCAGCAGUAGGACAGAAUGUGACAGUAACCGAAAGAGUGCUAACACCUAUGUCCACUCUGCAAUCCAGUUACCAAAUUCCCACUGAAACCUCUAUGAAGGCUACAAAAACCAUGGUUUCUGGAGCUGCAGUCUCUGGCCCUCUGCCAAAUGUAGGUUUAGAGGAAUUUGGUCCUUCUAAUGCUACCAUAACUACAUCUUCUACCAGAAUCACCAAGCAUAGCACCAUGCAGCAUUCUUCCUCCUAAACAGCAGUCAGCCACAAACUGACCCAGAGUCUACAGCAGUGACUGACUGCAUGCUUUCAACAUACCUGCUUUUCAUGAGCCUUACAGGCAUGCAUACAGAUGUGCAUAUUAAUCUUAUAAUUCUCAGUCACUGAUAAGCCACGCUGUCUCUGCUUCUGGGAGUGUAUUUCACAAAUGCUCCAUGAUUUACUGAGGACACAGAGUGAUGAUGCUGUUUCUUAAGUGCCUUUUAGUGAGUUAUGCAAACAAUAUCUACAAAAGAUAGAGAGUAAAUCUGGCUUUUCAGAAUUUACCAAAUUAACAUAGAGUAUCCAGUUCAUCAGCCAUCCAGUAGCGCAAACCAGGGAACUGAUUGGGUCUCUUUGCAAACCAUAUUAACAUUCAACAUUGGUGUUCUGUAUUCCAUACUGUACUGUACCUAGCAGAUUAUCAACAACUCAUUUU